AUGAUCAGAACAGUGAAACCCAAAAAUGCGAGAGCUAAGAGAGCGUUAGAUAAAAAGGAGCCCAAGUUGGUGGAAAACACCAAACAGGCUCUUUUUGUUACUGGAAAAAGCUCGACGCAGGUUCUCCACGACGCCAUGGUGGACUUGAGCGCCUUGAAGAAGCCCGACGUGAAGAGAUUCAAUAAGAAAAACGACGUGCGUCCAUUUGAGGAUGCUGAACCAUUGGAGUUUUUCAGUGAGAAGAAUGACACUUCGCUACUGGUCCUCAGCACGAGCUCUAAAAAGCGGAAAAACAACCUCACCUUCGUGCGUACUUUUGGCUACAAAAUCUACGACAUGAUUGAGCUGCAGAUUGCCGAGAAUUACAAGUUUCUUUCUGACUUCAGAAAGCAGACUUUCGCAGUAGGCUUGAAACCCAUGUUUUCAUUCCAGGGUGCUGCGUUCGACACUCACCCAGUGUACAAACAUGUCAAGUCUUUGUUUUUGGACUUCUUUAGAGGUACCGUCAGCAACUUGCAUGAUGUCGCUGGGUUGCAACACGUUAUCUCGAUCACUGUACAAGGCGAUUUCGAAGAUGGUGAGCCUCUUCCUAACGUGCUUUUCAGAGUUUACAAGCUUAAAACUUACAAGAGCGAACAAGGUGGCCCCAAACUACCUCGUGUUGAGCUAGAAGAGGUUGGACCUCGCUUCGACUUCAAAAUCGGCCGUAUUCACGCGCCAUCGCCAGAAUUGGAGAAAGAAGCGCUCAAAAAGGCCAAGCAACUGGAACCAAAGACCAAAAAGAAUAUAUCAGCCGAUGGUAUGGGUGACAAGUUUGGUACCAUCCAUUUGGGUAAACAAGAUCUGGGUAAAUUGCAGACGAGGAAGAUGAAGGGUCUGAAAUCAAAGUUCGACCAAACAGAAGUGGAUUCCGAGACCGAAGAGUACAUGAACGACGAAGAAGGCGAUCUACAGGGUGGUGCUGAGGAAAGCUACGGUGAAGACUUCGUCACCGCUAACGACAUCGAUGUUGAGCCUCCCGCCAAAAGAAUGAAAAAAUAG